AGCCCUUCGACCAGGUCCCAUCCCUCAUCGAUCUUUCAGGUGUUAUUCGCGCAAUUUGAUCUAAUUUUGGGGAAUCUCACUGACUAACGAGGCACUUGGGUCAAACACAAGAUACAAGCUCGAGAAUGCAAACGUAUGCGAACAAGGGAUCUUUCGGUGAUUCCUAAAAGGUCUUUUUCGGGCCAAUGAGUGGUGCUUCUUCACAUUCUGUCUAUAUCCGGUACAUAAGCCCUGCCACGUCAAUACGGAAUGCCUGAAAACCUAGUGGAGAGGCCUUACGGCCUUGAAUUCUGCUGCUCCAAUCAAGUUUAAAAAGCGAUCGCUUAAGCUUUAUUCUUUCUUCCAUACCUCCUCUCUUUUUCUAGUCAUUCCUUACUUUCAUUCUUUUACAGACACUCUUUGAAUCAUGUAUAUCCCUCGGGCUGCUACUCUUGCUGCUGCCGUGACCUCCGUUCCUUUACAUUCGCUCACUAUCACCCGAACCCCAAACGGCUUCACCAACUCGGCCCGUGGAUGGAAUUCAUUCGGUAUACAAGCGAACGCAGCCACCGACCCGUCUUUCAUCUUCAAUCAGACCAGCGUUGAACAACAAUGCGACGUCCUAGUCUCUGCUGGCCUUGUUGGCCUGGGGUACAGUUACUGUAGCCUAGACUCUGGCUGGUCUGUAGGCGGCAAUGGAGACGAAAAUGGGCGAAUUAUCGCCGAUAGCUCGCUGUUCAACAUGCCAGAUCUUGCUAAUCAUCUUCAUAGUGAAGGCUUGCAACUCGGUGUCUACGUCGUUCCCGGCGGCUUUCUCGCUGAUGUGAACAAGACCAUCCUGGAUACAAAUAUCACGAUCGGUUCAGUUUGCUCGGGAGAUAACGGUCUCGCUCGCUGCAAUUGGCAAUAUGGUCAGGAUGGUGUACAGCAAUGGCACGAUUCUGUUGUCGCGCUAUUUGCUGAAUGGGGUGUCGAUUUUAUCAAACUUGAUUUUAUCACUCCUGGAUCCCCGGAUAAUGGAGUUUCGUUACCUCAGAACGAGUCUUUAGCCGUUGUGAACUAUCAUAACGCAAUAGUCAAAUCUGGUCGACAAAUGCGUUUGGAUAUUAGCUGGAAACUUGCUCGUGAUCCGAGUGAUUUCAGCAUUUGGGAAGACAAUGCGGACUCCUUCCGUACUGACCAAGAUAUCAACAACUCCGGUGCUGAUUCCGAUUCUUUCACCGCCUGGGCUACAGUACAGCGAGCUAUUGAUAAUUACCGUCAAUAUAUCGUCUUGCACACUUCUCAAGACGAGACCCUCAGUAUCUAUCCUGAUAUGGACAAUCUAUAUGUAGGCAAUUCGGCACCUGAAGAUGGAGUUACCGACGAUGAACGGUUCACAAUCAUGAGCCAUUGGUUGGGAGCAGGAUCCAACCUUAUACUAGGAAACGAUUUGACCCAACUUGACGAUACCGGGAAAGCCAUCCUUACCAACGCCGCAGCACAUAGCGUCGCAGACUUUGCUGCCAAAAACCCUAUGCGCCCCAGAAACCCAGGCACCGGAGAAGGAGAUGCGCAACAGUUGCAAGCAUGGAUUGGUGGCCCUGACGAUACAGGAAAGGUUAUAGUACUUCUCGCCAAUUAUGGACCUGAUGAAGGUCAAGGCGGCUUUAACACCACUCUCACUGGAGUACAGAACCUUACCGUUACUUGGCAAGAUUUGGGAAUAUCCGGAAGCUUCGAUAUCCAGGAAAUGUGGAACGGACAAGAUUUGGGAUCCUCUUCCCAGCAGUUGAAUGCAAGUUUGGACGAGGGCCAGAGUUUAUUAGUGGUUAUGACACCUAACUGACAACCCUGGAGCUCAAAUUUUCAACUUUCUAGUUGACGAACAGCUCAACAGUCACUCUUUUAUCUCUUUCGAUCGUGCCUACAUUUUACAUACAGGAACUACUUCCUCGAACAUUCCCAAUGUUUCAGUGCACGCUAUGUACUUUUU